AUGUCUUACGGUAAUAAGAAUAAAAAUCUUAUCUCAUUAGGAGAUUUAUUAGCUACUAAAAAAGCUCAGGAAGAGGAAGGUAUAAAGCCAAAAUUUUUAACAAAAGCUGAAAGGGAAGCUUUAGCUAUAAAAAUUCGUCAGGAGCAAGCACAAAAAAUACAGGCUCAAAGAAAAGAAUUUGAAGAAAAAAGAAAAGAAUUUAUGAAAGAAAGUGAAAAAAUAUGGGAUAAACGUGAUAAUAGAGAUGGUCGUGAUCGUAGACGUGAUGAAGAAAAAGAACGUCGUAAAAAUUAUGAUGAUCGUAAUGAGGGAGGUUCUGGAUCAUCAUCACGCCGUUCCAAGGAUGAGGAUAUCUCUUCAUCAUCCAAAAAUAAAAAGAUUGAUGAGGAAGAGAGAAUGCAAUAUGAAGAGCUUAUUAAAUCACGUUAUUUAGGAAAGGAUAAAGAAAAGAAAAAACGUAGGCGUAAACUUCAUGGAAAAAAUUUUAAUUUUGACUGGGAAGAAACUGAUGAUACAUCAAAAGAUUAUGACAAGUUAUAUAAGGAAAGGCAUGAAAUUCAAUUUUUUGGACGUGGUCAUAUUGCUGGAAUGGAUCCAAAUGAAAUAGAAAGAGAUAGAAAAGAUUACUAUCAAAAUGUUAAAGAGGAAAGAAAAGAUAAAUUUAAUAAAUUAUUAGAUGAAGUAAAACCUAAAAAAAUGAGAAAAGAUGAAUGGGAGGAUGUUCAUUGGAGAAAAAAACCACUAGAAGCAAUGAGUGAAAGAGAUUGGAGAAUAUUUCGUGAAGAUUUUAAUAUUACUAUAAAAGGUGGUUCUAUUCCUAAACCAAUAAGAAAUUGGAAUGAAACACCAAUACCAAAGCAAAUAUUAGAUGUAAUUCAUAAAAUUGGAUAUAAGGAACCAACACCAAUUCAAAGACAAGCAAUUCCUAUUGGUUUAAGUAAUCGUGAUAUUAUUGGUGUUGCUGAAACAGGUUCUGGUAAAACUGCAGCAUUUUUAAUACCAUUAUUAGUAUGGAUAACAACAAUACCUAAACAGGAGACAACUGAUAUAUUAGAUGGAAAUGGACCAUAUGCUGUUAUUUUGGCACCAACUAGAGAGUUAGCUCAACAAAUAGAACAAGAAGCAAUGAAAUUUGGUCAAUAUUUAGGGAUCAAGACUGUUUCUGUUAUUGGUGGUGCAUCAAAAGAAGAUCAAGCAUUAAAAGUUCGUAUGGGUGUUGAUAUUGUUAUAGCUACACCUGGUCGAUUAAUUGAUACAUUAGAUAAUAGUUAUAUAUCAUUAAAUAUGUGCUCUUAUCUUAUUCUUGAUGAGGCUGAUCGUAUGCUUGAUCUUGGUUUUGAACCAGAAGUUAAUAAAAUAUUAGAGUAUAUGCCAGUUAGUAAUAUGAAACCUGAUUCUGAGGAAGCUGAAAAUGAGUCAAGUUUAUUAGCAAACUUUAUGACUAAAAACAAGUAUAGACAGACAGUAAUGUUUACAGCAACAAUGUCACCGGCAAUUGAAAGAUUAGCACGGCAAUAUUUGCGACGACCUGCCAUUGUUUAUGUUGGUUCUAUUGGCCGUCCAACGGAAAGAAUUGAGCAAAUUGUUUAUAUGAUAUCAGAGGAGCAGAAAAGAAAAAAGAUUAUUGAAGUAUUAACUAAGUAUUAUGAACCACCAAUAAUUAUUUUUGUUAAUCAAAAGAAAGGUGCUGAUAUAUUGGCAAAAAGUUUAUUAGGUAUGGGAUUUAAUCCAGCCGUACUUCAUGGAGGAAAAGGCCAAGAUGCCCGUGAGAAUUCAUUAGCCGCAUUAAAAGAAAAUAAAAAAGAUAUACUUGUUGCUACAGAUGUUGCUGGUAGAGGUAUUGAUAUUAAAGAUGUAGCAUUGGUAUUAAAUUAUGACAUGGCUAAGUCUAUUGAAGAUUAUACACACCGAAUAGGAAGAACAGGUCGUGCUGGUAAAAAAGGAAGAGCAGUUACUUUUUUAACACCAGAAGAUAAAGAUGUUUAUUAUGAUUUAAAACAAUGUUUAAUUGAAAGUCCAGUAUCUUCAUGUCCACCUGAAUUAGCUAAUCAUCCUGAUGCUCAAACAAAGCCAGGUUCUAUUGUUGUAAAAAGGCGUCAAGAUGAAACUGUUUACCAUACAUAA